GUUAAACAAAACAGCAUGUUGCAAGAAAUAUCGACCUCGCAAGAAAUAAAGAACACGUUAAUAAUUAAUACAUAUCAAGAAAGCCACGAUGAUACAAAUGAUAAAAAUGUCAAUAUCGAUUCACAAGCGUCUAUUCCUUCGAACAACUUCAUUUCUAGUAACAAAUAUAGAAAUGAUUAUCAGUAUCUGGCUAAGACCAUUCAAAACGGGCAGUCUUCUUUAAUAGAAGAAAAGUUUGAUGGAAAUAAUCAUCAGGUUACCAUUCUUGUUCAAACCGAAGAGCCUUUAGUAACCAUUCAAACCAGAGAGUCUUUAAUGGAGGAACUACUUGAUACUGAUUCAGAAGAAACGGAGGAUCCGUUUGAAUUAAAAAUUG